AUGACAAGUGUGCGGAAUGCGACGCUCUGGCUGGUCCUUACACGCACCGCGAUCCUUGUAUGGCGAGCACGCCCUGCUGAGCUCUUGGCUGCCGUAGUACGAACGCCACGCAGCUUGGACGAGUACGGAGCGAAUGUUCAUGCAAUUUGGUGCCCGGACGCAAGCGUGAUUGUGGUACAGACGACACAACAUACCCUCCUCUUUUACGAUGUCGUACAGCCGACCAAGGCGCCCUAUGUACAUGCCCUGGUACAUCCGGGCGAGCCGGACAUGGCGCCGUCCAUGUCGGCUCUCUUAGCCACCUUUCAGCCGGGGACAGGCGAAGGAUAUCAUACGCCUGGCGGCGAGCCGUUGGCCGCUCGCAUGGGCCUCGCCUUAUCGUUCCGGCAUGCAUGGCACAUUGCGUCUGGCGUAUCGGCCAUGUCGGCCACCGACACGUACUUGCUUGUGGCGACACAGACGCCGCCCGCGCUGCAACGCUUGCCAUGGCACGACGCGCCGGACACGCUCGAGCCGAUCCUGCUGUCAUCGCUGCCAUGGCUCACGUCGUCGUUCACUGGCAGUGUCACGCAUAUGGAAUACUCACACGCGACAGAUAUGUCAAUUUGGCUCACAGAUACACACACCUAUCUAGUGAGCGGGGAAGAAGCUCAUGAAGGUGUGUGUGUGUGCGAAUCGUCGAGCACGACGACAGCCAUGAAUGCGCGAUUCAGCUUGCUCGCGCUGGGUGGGGACGAUGGCGAUGUGCGUGUGUACGAAUGCACAACACCCACGCAGCCGCCCACCUUGUCGCAUACGCUGCAUGUGCCUACGUGGACCACAGGCCGUGUCACUUCGCUGGCCUGGAGCAGCGAUGGCUACGCCCUCGCCGUCGGGUGGGAGCAUGGAUGGUCGUUAUGGAGCUCGUUGGGGCAUUUGCUCUACCACAGUUUCCGCGACGACUGGACGACGUCUACGCGUGUAUUUCGCGAUACCUUUGCGAAGGGGAUUCAACGCGUGUUCUGGGGCCUGGGCGGCACCGAACUGUUUGUGUUGCCGAAAAGCGCUACGACCGCAUCGCAGGACGAUGCGUUGGUGUUUGUGCUGCCGAUGCUCAAAGCUGUCGCGACAUGCCAUAUGCGCCCCGAUGAGGCCAGCGCAAGUUUCCUGAUGAGCGACGAUAGCCUGUGGAUUUAUCGCGGUCGUGAGCAGAGCGAUGCUGGUCUUUUGACGCCGGAAAGCGAUGUAUGGCGCCCGGUCCGUAUGCCGGCUGCCUAUCUCGCGACGCAGUGGCCGAUUCGGUACGCGACUCUAAGUGACGACGGCCGCUUCAUCGCUAUGGCGGGUCGACGAGGCUUGGCGCACUACAGUACGGCUUCCGGCCACUGGAAAUUGUUUGAGCAGCCCGCGCAGGCACAUGCCUUUUACGUGCGAGGAGGCCUGCUGUGGUUCCAACAUGUGUUGAUUGCGGCGUGUGACUGCAAUGGCGAGGUCCAAAUACGUUUGUACUCACGCGAUCAGCCGCUGGACAAUGCGCAUUUGCUCGACUUGGCCGUACAGUCGGCGCCUGUGGUGACCAUGGAACUGUUUGAUACCAGUCUGCUUCUGUACCUGGCAGACAAUACCCUUGUGCACUAUAUGAUCACAACGACGCAGGAUCGGAUUCGACUGCGUCUAUGCGGUAGCAUCUCGUUUGAGGGCAUCAUUAGUGAGCCAGCUCGUGUUCGUGCUUUUGGUUGGCUCCCUGCACCGUCCUCGACACCGGCCGAGAAAGAAGAUAUCGGCUCGGCCAGCCUGCUGUUCUUGAUUGAUAGCAUGCUGAUUCUCCUGCACCCAGUGCGUGAGCCAAACUCGGACGAAGUGUCGUACGAUUUGCAUAUCUUGCACGAGCACUUGGAGACGUUCUGGACUCAUACGCAAGCGGAGGGGCCUUGGCCCUAUGCCUUAUGGGGCUACGAUGGCCGCCAGCUCUGUUGGUGGCUCGAUGUGCUCGAGCAGACGCCCGUCCGUCAUAUGCGUGUGGAUGCGUACCCGAUUGGGGUCCUGCUGGACCGCGGCAUCGUUCUCGGUGCGGAGGCUACAGAUGUGGUCCGGCGGACGCUGGACACUGCAACGUUCCGAUUGCAGCUGCGUACGACUCUCUUUGUGGACCAAGUCCUGCGGGCUUUGUUAACCGACCAUCGCAUGUACGAUGCUUUGGAUGUCGCGAGUUCGUACGCGUCGCUGCGCUACUUCUCGCACAUCCUCGAAGUGCUACUCCACAGCGUGCUGGAGGACGAAGCGGAUGCGAAGCCGCCAAUCGCAACCCACGCCCAAGUGCUUCCGACUGUGCUUCGGUUUGUGGAUCAUUUCCCUGAAGGACUGGCCAUUCUCGCUCGGGCGGCGCGAAAAACCGAAGCGAAGCGAUGGCCGCACUUGUUCGCGAUCGCAGGUCGUCCCGCCACAUUGCUGCACCAUUGCCUAGAACGCCACGAUUUGGAGACGGCCAGCUCGUACUUGGUAGUGGUGAACGACUUGGAAGACGAAGCGACAAGCAUCGAGAGUGCUGCGAGUGUAUUAGCACAAAUGGAGCAGGCUCAUAUGUGGGGCCUCUUGCGCCAAGUGCUGGGCUAUGUACGGGAUCUCGACGAGGACGGGACUCGCUUAGCUGCAUGCCUUCAAGCCGCGGAAAAACGAGUACCUGGCCCCUCGGUGCUACGGCAGACAUGGCAAGGUAUGACAAAGCAGGGCGAUUCUGCAUCUACGCCUGUCGCACCGCUAGUCACUGAGGCUGAUAUCUCGACAGAGAGCAGCUCCAGUACCUCGACCCUAACCCCUACGCCCCACACACCACGCAAACUGGGCUUGAGCAGCGAUGGGCCACGCCGCCCCUCCAGCGCCGGCCGCCGCGAUCGAGCGGCCACACCGUCGACACCCUCCCCCGCCCGCAAACUCUCCGCGCAUACCUUGCAUCGCGCGGCACGACAUGCGUCGCUGACGCUAUCUCCCGCUAUGGCACGAUUGCAAGCCAAUGGACGGUUGGUGGUCGGCCCACCUACGCCAUCCAUAUCGCCACGGCCGUUGGACAGUCGAGCCUCCACGCCGUCGCACACCGCAGGGCCCAUGCCUUGA